AUGCCGAAACCGCAGCUGCCGGUCCAGCAGUUGGUGAUUCUGUUCGUCUUCACCUCGAUUCUCCCGUACCUGCCUGAACUCAUCGAAUAUGUAGGCGUUCCCAAACCCGAGGUCGCCAAAUGGGCCGGCAUCGCCUCCGCGGUCGCGUCCGUCAGCCAGGCCAUGAUGGCCGUGCCCUGGGGCACAUUAUCAGACUACGUCGGCCGCAAACCGAUCAUCAUCAGCGGACAGAUCUUCACUAUGCUCCUCUCGAUCAUGCUGGGCAUGUCGCAGAAUCUAUCGAUGGUCCUCGCGUCGCGUGCCCUGGUCGGCCUCAUGAACGGGAAUGUCGGGAUUAUCCGCACCAUGGUCGCGGAGAUUGUGCCGCAGCGCGAGCUACAGCCAAGAGCGUUCAGUAUCAUGCCGAUGGUCUGGACGGUCGGAAGUAUCUUUGGGCCGGCGUUUGGGGGUGCGCUUGCGAGGCCGGCGGAGAAACAUCCCAGUCUGUUUGGAGGCUCGGAGUUCUUGAAACGGUAUCCGUUUGCUUUGCCGAAUCUUGUUGCGGCUUGUUUCUUUGUUGUGGGGAUUACCACGGGGAUCCUGUUUCUCAAUGAAACCCUUGUGACAAAGAGGGAUCGCUAUGAUCCUGGACUCGCUCUGGGACAGGCGCUGCUUUCGCCUUGCUCUUCGCGUAGAAAGCGCAAGUCGGAAGGCAAAGAUGCCGAGGAAGAUGAGGAGCAGGCACCCUUGCUCUCUGGGGAUCGACCUGCUCAGAAUAAGACCAAGAAACUUGUGACUCGACCGAACUGGUCGCAUAUCCUGACUCCGCAGUCCGUUCUCGUGCUCAUUUCAUAUACACUGGUCUCUGGCUGCGGAAUGGCCUUCGAUUCGGUCUUCCCUGUAUUCCUGCACUGGCCAGUGCAAGAGUUCAAAAAUAACCCAGUCGUCGAAUUUCCAUUCAAGUUCGCCAGUGGUUUUGGCAUCGACGCCCAAACAAUUGGUCUCUUCUACACCAUCAUCGGCAUCGCUGGAAUGAUCAUCCAAUUCGUAUGCUUCCCGCCCAUCGUUCAACGAUUCGGCGUUCUCCGAUGCUUCAAAGUAGCCGCCGUCUCGAUGCCAAUCAUUUUCUUCCUCACGCCCUUCACAGCGCUCGUCCCCAGACCCCUUCGCAUACCCAGCGUGCUCCUCAUCCUGCUCGCAAAACUCGGGUCGAACAUCUUCGCCAUUCCCUGCUGUACGAUCCUUCUCACCAACUCAGCCUCCAGCGUUACUGUCCUGGGUACUCUGAACGGCGUCGCGACGAGCGUCAGUGCUCUUGGCCGCGCGGCUGGCCCGGCAUUGAUUGGUGCAGCGUUCUCUUGGGGCGUUGAGAGGGGAUAUGUGAUUAUCCCGUGGUGGCUUCUUAGCUCUCUCGCGCUUACUAGUGUGAUUCCGUCGUUCUGGAUCGUGGAGCAGGAUGGUCCUUAUCGUGAGGUGGUCGAGGAAGAGGGGGAGCAGGGACCCAACGAGAACACUUCUGGCAGUGUGUAUGGUGCUGUUGCGGAGUCGGCGGAGAGUGGUCGGAAGUAA